CGAGCCCGCGUUACCUUGAAACUUUUCAUCAGCAGUCGCCCACAAUGAGGAUGCGCAACCGGGGGUGAAUACUUUUCAAGAUGGCGGACAUACGAAAGGUGUUUUUUGUUGUGUUUAUUUGUUUCGGUGUCAUUCAUUCACAAGAUACAGACAAAACUCCAGGUUCUGAAAGUGUAUCUGAAUCGCCUGAAAAUGAGAUUCCUCUUGGAGAAAUUUCUUCAGAUAUCGAAGCUGCGAGUGCAACAACAGAAAAAUCGAAUAUAGCGCAAUCUCUAUAUGAAACAGUUGAUGAAAAUAGGACUAUUACAAAUGAGCUGGGAGUCAACGCUACCGAAUCAAUAGCAGUCAACCAAACAGACUCAAAUCAGACUUCAACAACAGAGGUCCCUCCGCCAAAAUGGUUGUGCGCGGGGCGAACUAUGCCAGAAGAGUUUUCUAACCGCGUUAUUAUCGUGAAUGAAUCUUCGCUGCUUCAGUGGGUAAACUCUACAGGAAAUACCACCGAUGGUUGUGCUGUCGUGUUGUUUUAUACACGGUUUUGUGUAUUUUCGGCUAAGUUAGCGCCAAUGUUUAAUGCGUUUGGCCGGGCAUAUAAUAACACCCCUGUCCUUGCGUUAGAUGCAUACCAGCACAACAGUAUGAAUGCAAGACUUGGUGUUGUUGCUACGCCAACAAUUCUUAUUUUCCAUGCUGGCAAACCUGUGCUGAAGUUCAACCACUCACAGACUCUCCACGACCUGAGGACUUUUGUGAAAAACCAUACAGGUCUUGAAGGCAACUCUUCCAUAGAGGUCAGUACAGAAGACUAUGACGGUCCAGUCAGCAGUAUCACUAUCAAGGAACCUAACUAUUAUCUGGCCAUAUCAUCCCUAUUCCUACUGUUUUAUGGACUUUUUGUAUUCAGCCAGUCAAACUAUAGCUUGCAGAUGUGGCUAAGAUUGAAUGCUGAUUGGGUGAGAAUGAGUCAGUGGAUAAAGCCAAAGACAGACUGAUAAUAUGACUAUUAAGCAGCAUUUGGCAAAAAAAGUUUGAAUGCGAUGCUGCACGUUUUAUUACCGGCAAACCAACUUUUGUCGCAGCAAAGGAUAGACUAUUUCUUGCUGACCAUCCUUUUCCUCGGUGACACCGUGUGACUUUUGUUCAACCAAUCACAAACCUUAUUGCAACUGCUUGCGUAUGCUUGACGUCUUUUUGCUGCGAGACAAGUUGGGUUGAUGUUGUAAUAUGGGCUACAUCUCCAAGUUUCGUUGCAAAAAGGAGAACCAUCCUCUACUCUGCAGCAAACUUUUUCAAUUUGUAACAAAAAAUUUGCUGCAGCAAAAGUUGGUUUGCUGGUACAAAAACGUGCAACUUCACUUACAAACUUUUUUGCCACAAUACUGUCACAAAAGUUGUACGAUAGCCGCAUGGCUUCUGUAGGGUUAUGCAGGAGCAAGCCCACUGUCCUCCCCCUUGGCCAAACAAAAAGCUGUCAUUUCCUCAAAACAUUGCCGUUUUAUUUGCAUACAAUGUACCUCAAUUGCUUAUAUUUAAAGUCCGAAGUCUGAUAUACUAUACACAAAAGGUACAGAAUAAUAACAAAGAACAAUCACUUGUUUUAAACUUGUUAUUAUAGCCACUCAAUUCAUAUACCUGUCUACCAAAACGUUACCUUGGGUAUGAGAGGCUUCACUCAUUUACUGUCACAUUGCUCUUGAGCUCCUCUUGCCAAGACCGGAGUCACAUUAAAUAAGUGAAGCUAGAGCCUCUGGUACCCAAGAUACCAAAAUGCACACAAGAAUAGCACCAUCUUUAGUGUCAGUGUAAAAUAGGCAACAUGGGAGGCAAUCCACUACUAUCUGAAAUCUCUAGGAAAAAUAUUUCCAUAUUAAACAUUGUGGGAGUAGUUUUGCAUGUGAAGUAAAAGAUAACCUACA